AUGCGUUACCCGCCCCAACCCGUCGUCCAAACUCCUUCUGCGCACCAGCAUCACUCCCAGGGACUGAUCUACCAAUAUCCAACCGGCUUUCAAUCAAUUGACGACGAAAUGGACUCUCUCAUUGACCUAUCGGACCCCUCCAAGGCGUUGGAUUUGUCCCGCAUUCGCUACCAGUUGAUUCGUCUCGAAGAUACCAUCACUUUUCACCUUAUUGAACGGGCCCAGUUUGCUCGUAAUAAAACGAUUUAUGUCCCCGGAGCGCUCAACAUACCAAACAGCGAACUGAGCUUCAUGGACUGGUACCUCUGCGAACAGGAGAAGCUGCAGUCCAUCAUCCGCCGCUACGACUCUCCCGACGAGUACCCCUUCUUCCCCUCAGCCGUCCAGAAGCAGAUCCUCAAGCCCCUACACUACCCGCGCAUCCUGCACCCCAACGACGUCAACGUCAACAACCAGAUCAAGGACUUUUACGUGGACAAGUUCCUCCCCGCACUCUGCCCCGAUUUCGGCCGCGAGGACCGCGGCGAGUCCCAGGAGAACUACGGCUCCUCGGCUACCUGCGAUAUUGCCUGCCUCCAGGCCCUCUCCCGUAGGAUACACUUUGGCAAGUUUGUCGCCGAGUCCAAGUUCCAGUCCGAUCCGGAAAAGUACACAAAGCUCAUCAAGGCCGAGGACCGCGAGGGCAUCGCCGAGGCCAUCACUAACGCCGCCGUGGAGAAGAAGGUCCUCGAGCGCCUUAGGCUCAAGGUGUUGACCUACGGAACCGACCCUUCCAUUGGAGCAGGCCCGGAGAACCAGGCCAAGAUUGACGCCGAUGCUGUGGUGGCCAUGUACAAAGACUUUGUGAUACCCCUGACCAAGGAUGUUGAGGUCGAGUACCUCAUGCAGAGAUUAGAGCCUGUAGAAUAG